UGCUUCUCAGAGAAUCUCCAUUUAUAUCAAGACGGAAGGGAACAAGAAAUGCAGGACAUUGAAUUAGACACAUUCACAGUAUCUGAAGUCUACCGCUAUAAUUUGACUUUGCAUGAAGAGGAAUCCUUUAACCCGGCUCUACCUCAGGUUUUCUUCGCCAUUCAUCCUCCAUUUAAUCCGAUAAAUCCCGUCUUCGAGGGCCACGCCAUCAGAUCAGGAUUUAUUUAUGCUGUAGAGAUCACACUGGAAGAAGAUCACCUUUUGCCAUAUCCGUAUCCGACUAACUGCACGGAUUAUACCACUAAAAUGGCAACAAUCAAUGGGGCAAAACCUCGCUCUCAAGAAAUGUGCAAAGAAUUGUGCAGAUCUGAAUUUUUCAAACAGUGCAUCGGUUGUGACAUGGGCAUGACGAUGCAUUUGACAACAGAACAUAUGUGCCGCAGAAGAUAUAAAGGAUGUCACUACUCUUCAUUAAAUGAGCAAGAACUGAGAGAUACGCCACACAUGCUUACUGGAAUGUCAACCAGACUGUUUAAAACAAAGAUAUCCGUACACAGUAGUGAAAACAGAAAACAUACAAAAUUUGGAAAGUGGAUUAAAGAGUGAAAACGCAGAAAUCAUAGUUUUCCUGAAAAAUCCUGAUGUUAAAAUAAUGUCACAUGACUCUUUAUAUGCGAAGGGAGAGCUCUUCAGUUACAUCGGCGGUCUCAUCGGCUGCUGGCUCGGCAUCUCCGUCUGGGCGUUCACGAGCAUUUUGGAAAAAUCCAUACAGAAGAUUGCUGUGAUGAAGCGAAAUUACAGGCUGAAGAAAGAGCAGGCCAGAAAGUGAUUGAGCUCGAGAGGCACGGAUCUGGUGUGAAAAAUAUUCAAUCUUAAUAAUGUCCUAUUUUUCAAUUGAACGUAGCGUUAUUUUUCCCUUUCUGCUAUUUCUAUGCUCUAAAACGUAUCAUUCAAUGGAUACGCAGGC